AUGAUGAAACUCUUUCUACAUCUACCGAUAAUCUUUCAUCGACAAAUAUCUGUUUUUGAUAUAAUUGUUGAUAAACCUCAAGCAUCAACAUAUCUUCAAACACGUGGUAUUAAUUUAAUAUUAAGUGGUGUAACAAAUAUUGGUACAAUUGCAAUAGAUGUACCAGUAAGACCACAAGAAGUUGAUGAUCUUGUUAAUCGUACUGGUCAUUUAGUAACAUCGUAUGUUCAAGAAUUUCUUCCUGAUGAUACGCAACAAACAUCUUCGAUACUGACAAUAAUUAAUACAAAUAAUAAAUUAAUUAAUACAAGUUCAGUGGUUUAUCCAGCGGGGGGGCACGGGGCUUUUUGCCCCCUCGGAGGGUGCUCCUGCCCCCCCGGAAUUCAGAAAAAUUACGCUUUUUGAGUCUGAAACUCUACGUUUGCCCCCUCAGAAGAGAGAUUUUUGCUCCCCCGGCAGUUAAUUUCGCACCCUCGGACGAAAAAAGCUGGAUAAAACACUGUACAAGUUUAAAUACAGUAUCUCUCAUUCCUCAAACAAUUCAUACAGUAUCUCCUCAUUUUUAUCCAUUUGUAUUUGUUAUCACGCAUCAUGCGCAGCUCAAUAUCAGUUCUGAUUACAAUAUAAUCACAUCACCAAUUAUUGGUCUUGUGCAAAAUAUAAUGAGUGGUUGCAGGUGUGAUCUUUAAUUAGAAUCUAACCUCACACUGAAAAAAAAAUCCGGAGAAUUAUAAACCUUCAAAAAAGGUUUAUAACUGAAAAAUUCGUUUAUCAACGCGCUCUACCCCUUGAUAAACCCUUUUUUCUUAAAAAACCCAAGAAGG